AUGGGAGAUCCAUCUGUAUUACCAAUGGUUUAUGCGGAACCUUCUACCAGACCUGAAGGCUUUAAUACUAAUAGUGCAUUGGUUGGUGCACGGCAACCUGUCACUAGAUGUCCACCAGAAUCAGAUUUAGGUAUAGUAGUAGAAUUACAGUGUGCUGGAGGACCUGGUUCUGAACAUGAUGAAACUAGAUUAAUCACCAGAGCUUGGACUAAAAUACCAUUGUUUAAUGAGAUAAAUAGUUUAUUGGUAGGAAGAUACAGAUUACCAUUACGUACGGUACCAAUUAAACCAUUUCUACCUAGUAAUGACCUGGCACAAAUACCACAGUAUGGACAAGCUGAAAUCUACUAUAGAAUUGUACACAGCCACGAAGCUGGAAUUCAUUCUACAUCUACUAUAGCUGAUUCUAAUAAAGAAACAUAUAGCUUAGCUCCACAGGGAGGAAUAGUUCUACAACAAGUUAAUGUAUCACCUGUAAUGGUAUUACCACCUCCAUCAGCUAGCCCACCAUUAUCUCUCUAUCAUAGUCGUCUUGACAACUAUCCAAUGCAAGGAAAUCCCAAUUUAGAACCUUUGGUUGGAUUUCAAGUUGAUAGAGUAAAGUUUGCUGAACCAGGAGAAGGGAAAGUUCGGCUCAGUGUUUAUUAUGCUUCAACUGGAAAGGUUGCUCAAUCUGGUAUUGGACCAGUGACUUGUAGUACAACAGCAGUCAGAUCUAAUUUUAAACAAGGUUACCAUGUAUUUGGUCAACAAGAAGCAUCAUUCUCUGAUAUCCAGUUUCAAGGAGAUAUGAUGUUAAUAGCCAGGUUUUAUUUAAAGAAGAAACCAGCAGGACCAGAUGAUGUGUAUUUUGAUAAUCAAGAAGUUUCACCUUAUGAAGAUGAAACCUUGGUAGCUUGGACUGCUUUGCCAUUGGUUCAUACACAUUUAAGAGAUUUGACAGCUAGAAGUAGAGUUGAUUAUGAUCCAUCACAUAUGAGAAUUAAUACCGGAACCCAUACAUUAAAACUGUUUGCUCCACCAACACCAGAAGCUUCUAGAAUACCAUUUGAAGAUGUAGCAUAUAAUAGAGAAUGGAAGAGAUAUGGUCGAGCUACAUUAAAGAUUAAUAUAUUCCAAGGAAUGGCUAGACCAGGAUCAUUGACACCUAGUGAACUCUCCAGUGAUGGUGAAGAUUCUAUACCAGAGUAUGCUUGGUUACCAUUAGACAGAAAACGACCACCAUCAGAACCAUAUUUACCAGGUGAUGGAUUUGAUGUUUAUAUUGAUGGCUGUAGAUUUUUACCAGAUUCAGUGACAUUUUCUAAAGUAGCAGGAAGAAUAUUAGAUAGAAGAUAUGAGGUCUAUGGUAAAGAUAUAUUUACUAAUGUUAAAUUAGAUAGUGAUAUUUAUAAUCCUAUCUAUGAACAUAAAGAAGAAUUUAGAGACUCUACUAUACCUCCAACUAGUACACUCUUGUUAAAGAUUUAUACCAUUGAUAGUUUCUAUAAAAAGUUAACAGUAGUUGGUUAUGCUACUCUCAACCUAUUUACUGAGACUGGUACAGAAAGACAACCUACAGUAGAUAAAGCUGGUAUUCAGAUCUCCCUGAAUACAGGAGCUCAUCAACUAAGACUGUACAGUACAGGACCUAAUGGUGUUGAUCCAUUAAGUGAAGGAUAUUUACGUAAUAAUAAUAUCAGAUUAAUACCUUGUUCAUCAGUUCUAGUGAGAAUAGCUAAAGUUCCAAAAGGUCCAGAUGGUCAACCAUUAGAGUCUAGUAAAGUACCUCAGAGUGAUUGGUUAAGACUGGGUUUAUGGCAGCCAAGACCAAAAUAUACUGAUAGAAUAUACUAUUCUAUGAAAUGUCAGCCACUAAAAGGAGAGAAUAAAUUAUUACAUGGUAUGAUGAAACGUCCUCAGAUUUCAACACGAGAUGCUGUAGCUCAACAUGCUCAAGCUACUACAGGUUUUAUGAAGAGUGACAAGAAUAUGGAACAAUAUAUUAAGAAUCAACUUACCAAAAGUCUAGAUGUUCGUCCUUUAGAACAAGAUCUUAAUCUAAUCUGUCAAUAUAAUCCUAAACAUGGCUUCAAGAUAUCUAUAGACAGUGCUGUGAACCUUCCAUGGUCAAACUUCACUCAUGGUCAUAUAUGUAUCAAUCCACCAGGUGCAUUUUACUUGGGAGCACCUCAUGCUACAUAUGAUAAACUAGUAUUUACUGAUUCUAUAGAUCUACGUAGCACCAAUACAUCACCUGCUUGGAGAGAUGGUUUUAAGCAUUAUCCACGAAGAUCUUAUCAUAGAUUUCUCACUGCUGUUAUUCAUCUACAAGAAAUCUUUGUGUCUGCUUCUAAAGAUAAUUAUAAAUAUGGUCUACUUGAACAGGCCUGGACAGUGGUACAGAUAUUUAAAGAGAAUUAUACCUAUACCACAUCAUUUCAACUACCAUUAUUUAAAGGUUCACCUAAUCAACAAUUUCUCAAACAGUUAGCUAGAGAGCCUUGUAAAGAAUGGAUGGAAAGAAAUAUUAGAAGCCAUAAUAUUCGACUACUAGAAGGAUCAUCAUUAUUUGUAAGAAUAUGUGAUGCUAGAAGAGAAGAUGAACUGGUUACUGAUGUUCCUAUGAAUAGAUUGGUGGAUGUUAAUACAGACUAUAUACCACGUGGUCUAGAAGAGAAAUAUGACAGAGAGAAACCUGGUCGUGCUCUCAGUACUUUAAUACCACAAGGGAAAACAUCAGAAACAUUUAUUGAUAACCUAGCCACUAAAUUUAAAAGUUUGGUGUAUAAAUUAUAUGAAGAGGGAAAUAUCUCUAAGUAAAGUAUAUGACAAUAAUCCAUACAAUUUGGAUUCCAAUUUUCACUAUUUUGAUAGUAGCAUAGGAAGAAUUGUUCUGAGGAUUGAUUUAGAAUCUGUAGAAUCUCAAGUGAUUAAGAUUAGUUGUUUUAAAGAAUUUCACAUCUGUUGAAUUACUAUUCUAUGUGUGAAACCUCAAUGAUGAAGUCUGUGGAACUUUGAUGAUGAAGUCUGUGGAACUUUGAUGAUGAAGUCUGGGGAACUUUGAAAAUAAAGUCUGUGGAACUUUGAAAUUAAAGUCUGUGACCCUUAAAAAAUUAGUAUGGAACUUUGAAAGUUUGUGGAAUUGUGAAAGUUAAGUCUGCGGAACUUUGGAAGUGAAGUCUAUAAAACUUUGAAAUUAGUCUGUGGAACUUUCGAAAUAAAGUCUGUGGAACUUUCAAAAUAAAGUCUGUGGAACUUCUUUGUUACAAAAUGUGUACAGCUUUAAAACUACCCUAUAACAAAACCUAUUUUUGAUAAUUUUUACCUACAUGUGCUGCUUUUACACAUACUUUUGAUGUACUGUCAUAUAUUAAUUGUAUUUAACUAUAUUAUCCUUUGUUUUACUUGACAAAUUUGUUAUAAAUUAUCAUCAUCAAAUUAUUAUCAAAUAGAUUAUUGAAUGGUGAUCUAAUAGUAUACAGUAUAUCAUUUUAUUAGGCACUUAAAUCUAAAAAUGUGUGUGCAAUUUGUUAGAACAUUCAUACAUUUCAUUAUUUAUAAUAUUCAAUCAGUCAUUAGGAGAAGUAGGGCAGUAUGCUCUGAGAGAUAACAGAUUAUUUAGUGAAUUUGUUUUGGUAGAACAUAUAGUUGUAUGGUUUUAUAACCUCAAUAUAUCAUAGGCUGUUCCAGUGCACAAAUGUGUCCACAAUACUGAAAAUUGCAGUAUGAAAGAAGGAAAAACUAUUCUCAGAUAAGAAGAUGUAUAAUGUAUUUAUUACAGUUGAAUAUGAAUAUGAUGUAUAUUACAAUGACAACAAUUAAUAUAACCACUAUAUAUAUAUAACAUAUAGAUAUUCAAUAUCUAGGCUUUCUGUUUGAUCUUUCUCAUUAAAUUACUCUGUUCUA